UUUUGACAGUUAUAAAUGACAAUUUAAUAUUAACCGAUUUUUGAAUUUGAUUAUAAAAAGUGACAAAUAGAGGUGACAUUUAUUCUAGAAAAACAUGCUAAUAUUCGUUCAGAACAAAAUUCAAAUUUACUACCGCACUGAACAAUUUCGUUAAAAUUAUCAAAUUAUCUCAAAAUUCACAAUCAAUUAAGCCUUAAAUCACAUAAAUUACAACAAAACUAGGCUGCAUUAAGAACACAGCAUACCAGAAAUGAACAUUUAAUUCAUAAUUUUACUACAAUCCUUAAAAAUAAAAUUAGCACGGAAGUUGAGUACUUUCGUUAAGUCAACAGAAAAUGGAGUGCGUUCAGUGCAUAAUAAUAAACAUUUGAUUCCUGAAGCCAAUCGCAGCUAAAUUAACUUGAAAUUUUUGCAGCGAGUUUCCAAACGACAAAGCUCCAGUCAUAUUCAUUAACAGCCUGCUCACUUCUGUUUUCGUUCCCACUGUUUACAAUGGCAAGGGUUGAACAAUUUAAAUUAAAAUUAUCAUCCCUUGGAAAAAAAUAAUAACAAACUUUGAAUGAUAGAAUAAUUUAAUGAAUUUCGGUCUAAAUCCAGGCAUUUAACAAUGACCAAUCCAUUAAACUCGUAUAUAAAUUUAGCGCGUAUUGUGUUUAGUGCUGAACCGGCCGAACCCAAUGAAGUUUGGGAUGAAUUUGAGGAGUUUGAAGAGAAAUUGCGUGAAUUUUAUGAAAAUUUAUUGUGUAAAAAUUGUAAACAGCUACUUAAUGAUCCAGUUACGCCGAAGAAGCAACAUCUAUCAUGUCAUCAUCGUGUGUGCUUAGAUUGUAUAGGAAAGAAUCGAUCAACGACUUUAAAUUGUAAGAUGUGUAGGGAUUUUACGCUUUUUGAGAAGAGCAGUCAAACAAAAUUAGUAUUAAGGCUGUAUAAUGAGUUGUGUGAGCUAAUAAAAGGCAGCUGGAUCUAUGAUUAUAUACAGCGGCGAACGAAUCAUGAUACAGGACAGGAAAGUUUAGUGAAUAUAAUCGAGUAUGGAGUGAAUUAUGGACGAAGUAGUAGUAAUACAGCUAUGAUCCAGGACGAUUCGCCGACGACAUCAUCCAGUAGUGAUGAUAAUUCAAAUAGUUCUUCAGUUAUGAAACCAAUACAAAAUAUAAUAAUUAAGAAAGAAAAAUCUCCUCAAGUAGUUCCUUAUACGUACCAUCCACAAACAUUUCCCACAAUCUCACCGCUUCCACCUUAUAGUCCAAUUUCGACAACAAUUGUGCAAUCUCCUGAACAAUUUCACAAUCAAGAAAUCAUCCCGAUUGUGGAAUCUCCUCAAAUUCCAAAAACACCGCCUAUAAUUACAGUUACAACUCAGUCUUCAGCACCAACAACAACAUUUUCACCGUCACCAAAUAUCACUCAAAUUUCUCAAAUAGUUCAAUAUUCAGCACCAACAAUUGUUCAAUCUCCGAUUCCAACAAUCACUUCUAAACCACAAAUACAGCCGCAACAGCUUCCAGUACCAAAUCAACAAUCAUCAUCAUCAUCAUCGCUUUUAAAGACAUCUCAAUUCAUCUCACAUGUUCCAAUGCGCGUUAAAUCCAUUGCUCAACAAGCACCGACGCAAAUUAACACAACAAAAUCGAUUAUGAGUCCAAUGAAGAUACAGCAAACGGCACCAACAAUAUAUUCUGUGAUGUACACGGGCAGUGGCAAUAAAAUUACCCUUAAACGUAAAGCACCAGAUGACAAUGCAUCUAUUCCUAUCACAUCAGAUUUAAGCGCUUCUAGUAAUAAUACAACAACCAUUGUAAAGACUGAAAAUUUCAAAACGCCACCUGUUCAAAUAGCGACACAACAAAUACCAAUUAUAGUUCCAACAUCGACGUCAGCAAGUUUCAUAAAUACAUCGACGACGCAGACAUCAACAUCGUCCUUAUUAUCUUUAAAUAUAAAUGAUCAGCAAAAGAGGCGAGGAUGUCGAUGUGGAAAUGCUACUGCUGCACCUGGAAAGCUUACUUGCUGUGGACAACGAUGUCCAUGUUAUGUUGAUUCUAAAGCAUGUAUAGAUUGUAAAUGUAAAGGCUGUAGAAAUCCACAUUAUGUUGAUGGGCAUAAGAAGAUGCGGCAUCAAGUACCUGAUCUUCAAACCCAACAGCUGCAACAGCAAAGCUUCCUAGCGUCAAUUCAGCAACAAACUGCUAUGCUUAAAGAAGUCCAUAAGACAACUGGAACAACUCCAAUGACGGCGAUGAUAAAAACCGAGGACAUGAAUUUAGUGGAAUCAACAAUAAUUACAAAAAGUCCAAAUUCCAUAAAUAAUUGCAUAAUAAGUAUGAACAGUAAUGGACAGUAUCAGAUAAAACCCCGAAUUAUAAUGAAGGAACCAGUGAAAGCAACAAUGAGUCCACUUAUCUUUCCAACAACAUCGACGACGACUGGACAAAUUGGAAAUUCAAAUUCAAGUAUUCAAAUAGUUGGCCUUUAUUCGCAAGUGCCGAUGACAAAUGAUAAGAAGAUUAUCAUAAAAAAUGAAAUUCAAACAACAGGAAGUGUCGUAUCGUUCACGACCGAUACAACAAAGCAGCACAUGCUAGAUACAAAUUCACAAUUCACCACAAAUAAUCACAAUCUCAACACGGGCAUGCUAUAAUAAUUUCAUCAUGAUAUGAUGUGUAAUUUACAUAUUUACCGUAGAUGUAAAGAUGAAGAUGAAAAAACACUUCUUUUUCUGCUUUUUUUUUUUGGAUGUAAAAAGGAAAAAAAAACUUGUCAUACUUUUUUGUGCUUGGGUGGAGCUAGCAUGAAAUGAGGACUGGUGUGGGAUGUUGAAUUAAUUGAUAAAUAAAAUUGAACUGAAUGAGCUGAGGUGCUUCUAAACUUCGUGGUCAUCAAGAUAAAGUCUAGUCAUCAAACGGAUACACUCCAUUUAAACUGAACUUAAUUGACAAAUUAGUGAUUCGACAAAACAACAGAUAACGAAGAUUUUCGAGCCUGUAGCAUUUUUUUAUCGAAACUUUGAUUCAGCUGAUUAUAACGAAAAUCAAAUAUAGGUCGAAAACCUAAUACUAGAGAUGCAAUACUUAAUGGAAUGCCUUGCUAUCGAGGAGAGUUUAAAAACACAAUCAACCCCUCGAAAAUUUAAAAACUUGAAGCAGUAGAGUCAGAAGAUCCUCAAUAGCUUACACUAAUAUGCAACAUGCGAAACUUCAACCAUAAUCUCGUCCUUAAGUGCAAAAGCUGCACGUUAAACUCGAAUUCAUCAAAUUAAAAUGUCAUGCUAACUCCACCCAAGCAAGUCACAAAAUUCUCUUAAAUUGUCUUAAGACUCGUGGUUCUCAUUCUUUCUUAUUCUUUUUGUACAAUCCUUAAAAAAAGUUUUAUUUCAUUUACGUUAACUGAUAGACGUCAUAAAAUAAAUGCAAUAAAUGUCAUUUAUAUUUUAUUAUUAUUUUUUACAUAUUAAUCUAGUUUAUACCUAAUUUUUUUAAUGUAGGACAUUUGCAAAAUAAAUAAUUAUGAAGAUACGUUUGAACAAGAAACAAUGUUUAGUGAAAAUUUUAAGAAAUUUUAAAAUAAAUUUACAAAAAUUGUGUCAUUGAAAAAUGUGA